UUAGGGAGAGGGCUACAACUCCUUAGGAUCUCCGUAAUGGUGCAAAUGCGGGAGUGAUUCACUCCCGCAACAUUUGCGCUCAUUCUAAACAUUUCCUGACUUUCUUUACGUAAAUAAAAUAAUAUUCUAUGUUUCUUAGUCAAUAUAUAAAUUUACAACCUGCAACUUUAGAUUUGUGAGGCUCUAUUCUACCGUUUUCAACAAUUUCGAUACAUUCCAAUUCCUCGAUUCAUAUUUGUGCGCCAUGUUUGAUGUACUGAAGUUUCAACUUCCGAUUGCCAAGUCAUUUGCAUAUGCCAUAUAAGGUAGUAUUUACAUCAAUGGACAAGUAUGGAGGCGAAAGUUAUUUCGUCGGUAUUGAAAAGGUGAUGCAACAGUGUUAGCUGUUGGAAUUUUAGGAAUUCCCCAACUUGGUCUGAAGGAUUUAUCCAAUGUCUUAGAGUGGAUAUUUCUUGUUUUUCUUCCGAACUUCUGCCUCGGACAAGGGCUGAUGGAUUACUAUUCCAAUUGGGAGUUUCUGGAUAGCUGCAAAGAUUUCCAGCAGUUCUGUUCAUUCCUUCCAAAUCCAUGUUGUGGACCAAUAAAUGGACAGUGUGGAGAACUGGGCUGUGUGUACUACAACAAUAAUUAUAUUGGAUGGGAGAAGAACGGCAUCGGAAGAAUGCUGAUCUUCCUGACCCUGCAAGGAAUCAUGUACUUCGCCAUAUUCCUCUUUGUGGAAUCAAAUCUGUUUAAGACAAUCAUUUAUUUCUUCAAAUCUGGCAAAACAGAAGACAAUUCCGAGACAUCAAUUUCUGAGACGACCCCUUUGCUGCAAGGGGGACGUGUAUUUGUAGCUCACCAACCAAGACAGUAUCAGAGUUCCCAAAUUCAAGAAGAUUCUGAUGUGGCAGCUGAAAGAGGGAGGUUGCAUAUGUCUCAAGUGUUGACCGAUUCCUUGAUUUUGAAAGAAGUAACAAAGUAUUAUGGACAGCAUUUGGCUGUUAAUCACAUUAGUGUAGGUAUACCUCAGGGGGAGUGCUUCGGUUUGCUCAGAGUGAACGUAGCCGGGAAAACCACUACAUUUAAGAUGUUGACUGGAGAUGAGAUCAUGACAUCAGGAGAAGCCUACCUUAAUGGUCAAAGUGUCAAGUCUGAGCUGGCAAUGGUCCGCCAGAACUUGGGUUACUGCCCGCAGUAUGAUGCCCUGAUUGACCAGAUGACGGGCAGGGAGACUUUGUGUAUGUUUGCCAGACUGAGGGGCGUCAAGGAGAAGAUACCGGGGAUUGUAGAGGGACUAAUGGCAGCUCUCUUGAUGAAGGAACAUGCAGAUAAAAUGGUCAAAGCUUACAGUGGAGGCAACAAGAGAAAACUGAGUACAGCAGUAGCCCUGAUGGGGAAUCCCCAGGUGAUAUUUUUAGAUGAGCCAACCACCGGCAUGGAUCCUGUUGCAAGGCGAUACCUGUGGAAUGCCUUGAUAAAUGUCAGAGAUGCUGGUCGCACAUUAAUUCUGACGUCUCACAGUAUGGAAGAAUGCGAGGCUCUUUGUACCAGGCUCGCCAUCAUGGUCAAUGGAGAGUUCCGAUGUCUCGGGGGCACACAACAUCUAAAGAACAAAUUUGGCCAGGGCUACACCUUACUGGCUCGCAUAGCCUUCACAGAAUCUGGGGAGGCUCCAGAUCUACGGCCAUUCAUCAACUUCAUAGAGAGUAAAUUUCCAGGAAGUGAACUGAAAGACAUGCACCAAGGCAUGGUAACGUACCACAUAGCAAGGAAUUCGAACCUGACUCUCGGAACAAUUUUUGGAAUUUUAGAAAGUGCCAAAUCUGAAUUCCAUAUAGAAGAUUACUUGGUUAGUCAGACCACACUAGAACAAGUUUUUAUCAACUUUGCUCGCUCCCAGAUUCCGUCAAGGGAGGUCACUUCUGGCUGUUGUAGUGGGUUUUGUUCUUGUUUAUGCUGCAAUACUCACACAGAUGAUGAAUGAAGCGGAGGAUUGUUUGGAUUCGUGUAUUAUAUCAAAAUAAUUUUUCUUAUACAUUCCUGAGAUAACUGUUUUGUUCAGAGAUAUUUUUAAUGUGCAAUAUUUUUUUAUGAAAAUAUUUUGUGUUCGUGAUAUGACGUACAGUCUGUGCACAAAAUCAGGUUAGAAUUUUUACAUUGUAUUUUACUUGUAUACAGUGCUUGUGAGGUAAAUGUACUAGUAAUAGUGUGUAUUCCAUUUUAAUUUUUCUGAAAUAAACAAUAACAAUGAAUGAUAAUGCAUUAUUAGCAGGUUUGAAAGUUACAGGGUCUUUUUUUAUUGUUGCACUCACAAUAUACAGUACAUGUAGAAUUAAGACAUUGAAAACAUUUCUUUAGACACAGAGAUAUUUAAUACAUUCAAUGACAUUUGAUUUGCAUUCAACAUUGAUUUAAAGCUUGAAAUCUGCUAUAGCAUAUUAUAGAAUUAAGAUAUUGAAAUCAGUUACCUUUGAUUUGCAUUCAACAUUGACUUGAAAUCUGCUAUGGCAGUACGGUGUAUUUUGUAUUAAUAGUUAUUGUAUUGCAUUGGUGUUGUGUUGUUGUUUACAUUGUUAAAUUUAUUUAAAUAGCAAUUUACUGUCGAUUUGUUGAACCCUGUGUUUUCACGAUUACCUGUUAAUGUUUAAUUUCAUUAGAAUCAUGUUUUAUUGAAUUGAACUUUGUGUGAUCCUAUCACUGUGAUAUGAUUAAUAAUUAAAGAGAUGAAACCUGUGCUUC